GGCCCUCAGGAGCUUCCGCCUUUUUCAGAGUGGGGGAGAAGGAGAAACAAGGUUAGGAAAAGAUGGAUUAUAUGAAUGGACCAGGGAGACACCAUCUGUUUGUUCCAGGACCGGUGAACAUACCGGAACAGGUGAUCCGGGCCAUGAACCGUAACAACGAGGAUUACCGCUCACCAGCAAUCCCGGCACUUACGAAAACAUUGUUGGAGGACGUGAAGAAGAUAUUCAAGACAACAUCUGGGACACCAUUUAUGUUUCCCACGACCGGGACUGGUGCUUGGGAGAGUGCCUUGACAAACACGCUAUCUCCUGGAGACAAGAUCGUCUCGUUUCUGAUCGGACAAUUCAGCCUGCUUUGGAUUGACCAGCAGAAGAGGCUAAAGUUCGAUGUUGAUGUGGUCGAGAGUGAAUGGGGACAAGGUGCUAAUCUCCAAGUCCUGGCCUCAAAGCUCUCACAAGACCAUAAUCAUUCCAUCAAAGCCAUUUGCAUUGUCCACAAUGAGACCGCCACUGGAGUCACCAAUGACAUCUCUGCUGUCCGAACCAUCCUCGAUCACUACAAGCACCCGGCUUUGCUUCUCGUGGACGGUGUCUCGUCCAUAUGUGCGCUUGAUUUCCGAAUGGAUGAGUGGGGAGUGGACGUGGCCUUGACCGGCUCACAAAAGGCCUUAUCUCUGCCAACAGGACUUGGGAUUGUGUGUGCCAGUCCAAAAGCCUUGGAAGCAACCAAAACUUCGAAAUCUCUCAAAGUCUUCUUUGAUUGGGCUGACUAUCUCAAGUUUUACAAGCUCGGAACAUAUUGGCCAUACACACCUUCCAUUCAACUCCUAUACGGUCUUAGAGCUGCCCUUGAUCUUAUCUUUGAGGAAGGACUUGAGAAUGUCAUUGCCCGUCACGCUCGUUUGGGAAAGGCCACCAGGCUUGCGGUGGAAGCGUGGGGCCUGAAAAACUGUACACAGAAGGAGGAGUGGAUAAGUAACACAGUGACAGCCGUCGUCGUGCCACCGAAUAUAGACAGUACGGAGAUUGUGAAAAGAGCGUGGAAGAGGUACAACCUAAGUCUUGGUCUUGGUCUCAACAAAGUGGCUGGAAAGGUUUUCAGAAUUGGGCACCUUGGACACCUUAAUGAGUUGCAACUUCUUGGGUGUUUGGCUGGAGUGGAGAUGAUACUGAAGGAUGUUGGGUACCCGAUUGUGUUGGGAAGUGGAGUUGCAGCUGCCUCUACUUAUCUUCAGCACCAAAUCCCUCUCAUUCCUUCGAGGAUCUAAUUCAUAUCCCCGUUUCUCUAUCUUUAUUCUCUCCCUCUCAAUGUACAACAAAACUCUUUGUUUUCUCUUCCAGUACUUCUUUUAUAUCUUACUAAAUUAUCUAUCUUUUAUGUGCAAUUAUUCCCAACAAACUUAUUAAAAAGGGUCAAAUGUAUUUCUUAUUCACAAAUAACUUUAUUUCAAUACCUUCACUUUAGCGGAAACACUGUUAAGUGGAUCCAAACUCCACCACCCCUUCCUUUUGAGGUCUUUCACACCUAUUUGGUGCAAAGAAGUCCGGAGGAAGUCCGUGUGGAUGUUAUUAUCGGCUUUUCAAAAAUGAAGAUUUGGAAAAAGGUUGAAUGAGUGAAAUCAGUGAUAAUUUUUUGGUUAGUGUUCGAAAAUUAGAAUGCUAGACUGGACAAAAUCUAAUAGCAUUCAGGACUGAAAUCUUGAAUCAAUGAUUCAAAUAUUGUUUUUGUUAAUACUUUUUAUUAAAUUAGGUAUCAAAUAUUUUAAUCCCUUGAAUCGAAUAUUUGAAAUCAAUAAGUAUUUGACUGAUGAUGGCACAUCGAUCUACACAACUGAACGGAAGGAGCAUGACACAAUUUCAGCGUUGUCUCAGAUUAAUGGUAAUAAUUUUGUUUACUUUUACUAUGGUUUUAUGUUUUAAUAUUUUAUUUAUGUCAAUAACAUGUAUUAAGUUCAUUAUUUAUUUUUCUUUGCAGAAAAGUAUUAUUAUAUUUGUGAGGAAUGGUGAGAAAUUGUCUGAAGCAAAAUUCUAAAAGUUGUUGUUAGACGAAGAUUAUUGGUCAUUAUUAUCUAGACAG